GCGCCCUCCCUCUUUUGAGCCUCUUCUUUAGUCAAUCCUCUCUGGUUGUACUUAUGCACCAAAGGAUAAAAACAAGGUUAUUCUCCGACAGCUGAUGAGUAUUAUUGCCGUCAUCGUGACAUCAAAUUGAGUUUUUACUACGUAGAUAAAUCCGGAUAAGUCUUGGAUAAUAGAAAAGUGUUUUUAAAUACUAUCAUCUGGAAUGCCAUCUCCAAAUUUACCAGAGCUCCCGGCGAGCCUCAAAAGUAUUCAACCGUACUUGAAAAUCGCUAAUGAACAUGACCAACGAGAUCCUGUUGUCAGCUACUGGGCACGUCUGUAUGCCCUGCAAAGUGGCAUGAAGCUGAGCUCGAAGGGCCCAGACGAGAGAAAUUUCCUCAUAAAACUCAUGGAUUGGUUGGAAACAAUGAAAAAGGAACACCACGAGAACGAAGCGAUAACUAACGAAGUUGCUGCCCAAGCACAUCUCGAAAAUUGGGCUCUGAAAUUAUUCCUGUUUGCUGACAAAAACGAUCGCGCUAGUAAUUUUAACAAGAAUGUGAUCCAGAGCUUCUACACAGCUGGAUUGCUCUACGACGUGUUGACAACAUUUGGUGAAUUGACAGAUGAGGCAGCACAGAACAGAAAAUAUGCGAAAUGGAAAGCCGCGUACAUUCACAAUUGUCUGAAGAAUGGAGAGACCCCAGUGCCUGGUCCAGUCGAUUCAGAAAAAGACGACAGCCAAGUGACACCAAAACCAAAUGAAGAACUUGAUAACUCUGAUGAUGACAAUCAAUUGGAAAAGCCAGAGGAUCUGGAAAAUCCAUCAGAUAAUCGUGAAGCAGAGGAACCUCCUGUCGAGCCAGAGGGUUCCGAUAAUCCUGAGAAUGUAGCAGAAGAGAAGGACGAUGAAGAGGCUGAAUCGGAGCCAAAAGAUGAGACUGGGCUUGAAGAAGAGGCCAACGAACCUG